AUGAUAAUACCUAUACAUGGACCAAAUGGAGAAGUAGAUGAAUGGUUGUUGAUCGAAUUACAGGGUGACGUUCUAUCUAAGACAGGAGAUCCUCUGGCAGGAAGAAAUUUGGGUGAUCUGCAUUUCUCACGACAGAAUGGUGAUCCGGUUUUCUUGAUUGGUCAUCAUGUGCUUUUUGGUAAAUUACAUGACCUGGAAAAGCCUUUACUUAUCACCAAAAAGUGUACUACCUCUGGGACAUUGAGUUAUGAAGUCGUUUCUGUUAUUCGACGUAAAUUACUGUUCAAGACCCGGCCUAAACCAAUCAUUUCAUCAAUUCCUAAAAAGAUUUAA